GUGAAAUAGCAAAGAACUGGAGUGUGUGGUGGGUUUAUAGAUGGAGAGACCUAAACCGGAGGGGGGGAACACCGAGCUAAUCUGGUUACAUAAGAAGCCAUUGAAUUUGUCUCUGCACUAAUCCGCUCAACUAUUCAUGUUCAAGCGUCCCACGGCGGAAUAACGCACAGGACACUUGUGGCUCUGCGGGCACAGAAGCUCAAAGGGAGCGUAUGAAAUCAGAUAAAAGCACAGACUUGUGUCUUUUUUUGAGGGUUUAAUCGCAUCUCUGCUAUGCGCCUCACGUCGCAAACCCAAACUGGCGGCUCGUACUGUUUCGCGCCCGUGACGAUUUCGCUGACGCGCCACUAGCCGCACCACCCAGGAGACAGAGAGGAGCGACGGAACGAGCAGGGGACUGACAGACUGACUGGAAACCGGUCUUUCUCUUUCUGUUUCUCCUUCCUAGAAGACCGUGGACUGAACCCUGCUGCUGCUGCUGCUGUGCAAACCCGGUUGGACGAUAUUUCUAACCCCCAACAACAGCAAUUCAUCCAGUAGCAUCAUCCAGACUCUUCUGCAGAGAUGGAGGUACCAGGUUUGGCGCACAACAUCACCAGCCCUUUAAGUCCCUGCGAGGGGAUGAUCAAGGACCUGAGCUUGGACGCCAUACAAUUAUGCGAACGAGAUGGAAGUAAAUCCCAGGACGGCAGCAUCUCUGAGAUGGAGGAGCUCCCUGUUCCUCAGAACAUCAAGAUCAGUAACAUCACCUGCGACUCCUUCAAGAUCUGCUGGGACAUGGAGGCGCGCAGCAAGGAGCGCAUCACACACUACUUCAUUGACCUGAACAAGAAGGAGAACAAAAACUCAAACAAGUUCAAACACAAGGAUGUUCCUACCAAGCUGGUUGCCAAGGCAGUGCCCCUGCCCAUGACGGUUCGGGGCCACUGGUUCCUGAGCCCACGCACGGAGUACACUGUGGCCGUCCAGACCGCAUCAAAACAGACUGACGGGGACUAUGCCAUCUCCGAGUGGAGCGAGAUCAUCGAGUUCUGCACUGCCGAUUAUUCCACAGUGCAUCUAAACCAGCUGCUAGAAAAGGCGGAGGUCAUCGCUGGCCGGAUGCUGCGCUUCUCCGUCUUCUACAGGAACCAGAAUAAAGAGUACUUCGACCACGCCAGGGAGGCGCAGGAGAACCGGAUGCUGCCGUCAGUGAAAGACAACAGCGGCAGUCACGGCUCACCCAUCAGUGGCAAGCUGGAGGGCAUUUUCUUCAGCUGCAACACAGAGUUCAACACGGGCAAGCCUCCACAGGACUCCCCUUAUGGCCGCCACCGCUUUGAGAUUCAAGCCGACGCGCUCUUCAACCCCAACACCAACCUGUACUUUGGAGACUUCUACUGCAUGUACACAGCCUACCACUACGUUAUCCUGGUUCUGGCGCCGAAGGGCUCCAGGGGCGACGACUUCUGUAAGCAGAGGCUUCCUGCGCUCGACAUCACCAACAACCGCUUUCUCACCUGCAAGCAGGAUGAAGAUGCCGCCGGAAGUCUGGUGUUUCACCACGCCCAGGAUGUCAUCCUGGAGGUGAUCUACACGGAGCCUUUAGACCUGGCACUGGGCACGGUGGCCGAGAUCAGCGGGCACCAACUGAUGAGUAUGUCCACAGUAAAUGCCAAGAAGGACCCCAGCUGCAAGACCUGCAACAUCAGUGUGGGACGCUAAGAAAAGGCAAGAACGUAGGAGAGAGAAAGAGAGGGAAGGACUGGAGGUGACUGGCCUCUACACACACAGGAAGUCCACAUGUACUGAUGAAGCAGACCAACACAUGCAUGAAGCAGCAGAUUUAGUAGGCUCCCAGACAUGCACACCAACAUAUCUCUGACACCGUUCUGUAAUCUUGAGAGACCAUCAUUCCCAAAGAAGAGUGGAAGAAGAAAAAAAUAAAUAGGGAGGUACACACUCUGACACCUGCACCGAUGUCUCCUCAUGUGAAAAGGGUUAACCUAAAUGUUGAAAACAUACAUAAAACUGAGCAAUCCAAAACGUGGGACACCAAGAACACAGAUCCAUCCAUUCAUCCUGCAAGUCAACACUGGCGUACUGACCAAACCCUUUAACUGUACUAACAAACACGGGCUGCUUCAAUUCAAUUUCCUGUUGUUUAUUUUAAUAAGUUGUCCCAUAUUUCGUUAAUGACCUUUGCCUUGUUAUUAUUGAUAUGCUGUUAAUCGAGUGUCUGUUUGGACAAGCAUUUUGCUGUUUUCCAAUUACUUCGACUGUUUGACGUUUUAGAAAAAGUUUGGUUCUCAUUCUACAGUAGACAAUUCAAACUUCUUUUUACCUCUGACUAGUGGCACAGACUGGUACUACGAUAUCCUAGGGCUGCAGCAUCAAGAGUCAUCUUUAUUUAUACCAAAGGUAUUAAAAAACCAGACAUGAAAACCGCUGUGGAAUCUUAACAGUACUAAUGCAACAGCCUCUAAAAUGUGUAUUCACUAAGUCAUUGACGACCAAGCGUGGACUACUUGUUAACUUGUUAACCUUUUAAAAAAAAGCAUGAUGCAGUUCUGUGCAGCAUGAGUGUGAAAGCUGUCAGUACCUCUACCAUAUCAACCGUUUCUGCAACAGUCGCUCUUAUUUUAUCGUAGUCAGUGGAAAGAAAGAAAGUAGAACCAUAAACUGUGUUUAGCAGAAUAAAUGUGAAAAAAUAUUUAUUUUUAUUGAUACAUUCAUAUCUAUAUAUAUAGAAAAUUAUAUAAACCAGAAGUGCACAAUGUCAAAAGCUCUGAUCAUUGUCAACAACUGCAUUAACUUCAUACAGGUCAAACAGGGGGGAUAAACGCAAAUUUGACAGCAGAUAUAACUUGCACUACGAUGCCAGCGUUCACACUUUUUUCCAAGGCGAUGAUCAAUUAUGAAAUUCUUAAUACCUAUCAUAGCACAAUGUAGGACUAAAAAAAAAAAACUGACAUGCACAAAAACUACAGGAUUGUCUCAUUGACUGCAUUUAAGCUUACACAUUUCUUUGCCAAGAUAGCACUUUUUAAAAAUGCAGUUUCCACAUUAACUAUGGACAAAGCUGUGCAAGAGUUGUAUUUUGGCACCGAUAGAAAAGCGAGUAACAAAGUGCCAUAAUAUAUGUACAGUAAUCUUUACUAAUGUAACUAACAUAAAGUUGUUACAGCUCCUCAUCCUUGACAUAAAUUAGUGCUACAUUAGAUACAUUUGCUACAUCAAGUGUAUAUUAGGAUAAGUCAUAAAUGACAAGGGAUGUGUUUUUGGGGACUAUAAAAACUCUGCAGUUUAACUCAGAUUGCCACCAAGAUCCAUCAGUUUUCUUCAUGUAAAGUGCAUCAACUUCAAUGAGCAUGGCAUGAAACAAGACCAGGCCCACCGGCUUCACAAUCGGAUUUUCCAAAAAAACGAUUGUUAACUAAGACAAAAGUCCCACUGUGAGUUAACUCAACUGGUCUUGGUUGAGUCUUGCUGUUUACUGAGCAGGGCCUCUAGUAGACGGAGCUUUGCUUUGAGGUUCUUAUACUGGCAGUAUUCCUCCGCCAUUGGUCCACGGUCCUCCUUCUGACAAGUCCUGUUAACAAAACGUGGAGGGGAAAAAAAGAUGCAAACAAAAGGCAAAACUUCAGUAGUUUGAAACAACCUGCAGCAGCUUCCAUUAACUGGUUGAUAGUCCCUAUGUUGCCUUACUCAGAUAGCUUUGUACAGUGUGUAUUGUAAUCAAAAAACCUAAUGUAUUUACUUUGGAGGACUAACUAUGUACAGUACAAAGGAUGUGUGCAGUUCAGAGCAAACGUCUAUCUCUUCGUCUCUUUCCUGAGCUCUCUGUGCUGUAUUAACGUUAAGUGAGUGUGCAUUACACUGUCGUACCAUUACAAUGACAUUUCUUUUGUGGAUGUUUUUUUCUUUGUUUUUCACAAGGCAUUGUUGGAAACCAAAUGUUCCCAGUUUAUUAAAAGACAAAAUAAAAACUCAAAAGCCAA